UAAUAUUACAUAAUAUAUGUAUAUAUUCUAGGUUUAUGAGUAGAGGUGUCCUACAUCCUCUAAUUCUCUCCAUGGUUCUAAUGUUCCUGCAGAGUUGGUCUGGAAUGAAUGUUUUGGUGUUUAAGACUGUAGAGAUAUUCACUGCUGUUGGAAGCUCUAUUGAUGAUUAUGUAGCAACAGCUGUUGUUGGAAUUGUACAACUUAUUGCUACAGCAGGAUCGGUUGUUCUAGCAGACAAAGCAGGAAGACGUGUCUUGCUCAUGAUUUCAAGCUUGGUUAUGACAGCAUCCAUUGGAGUUCUGGGACUUUGCUUCUAUCUUAAAGGAGACGAAAUACUGAUGCCAGAACACAUUGGCUGGUUACCUCUUGUCUGCAUUAUCAUUGCCUUUAUUGGUUACUCGGUUGGAUUUGGACCAAUUCCGUUUCUGAUCCUAGGAGAACUAUUCCCAGCCAGAUACCGAAAUAUCCUUGGUUCCAUCUCCUCUGUGACCAACCUGACAACUCUCUUCUUCCUUCUCAGAUUCUUCACAGAUAUGACGAGAGCAAUGACAUUCCAUGGAGUAUUCUGGUUGUACACUGCCAUCAACCUGGCAGGAUUCUUCUUUGUAUUCUUCUUCCUACCCGAGACUAAAGGAAGAAACCUGGCAGAGAUAGAAGAUCAUUUCAGCGGAAGGAAGAAGAUGCCCUUUAAAUAGAAGCUGGAACCAAAUCAUCAGAUUAUCUUCUCUUUUAUUAAUUAAAGAACUUCAGAUUCAUAAUUAAACAAAAACAAAAAAAAAGCUGAAAAAUAUCGAACAAAUUUACAAGAACUUCCACCUGUCUUUAAAAAAAAAUAUCUACGAUUUUCUUCUUUAGAUAAUCCAAAAAAAAUAAUAAUAAUCCAUUGAAAAAUUUAAAAUGAACAAUUUAUGGAUAAUACUCUAAACCAUCAAAUGUUAAAAAUCUUUUAUACCAUUU